GCCGAAGGGGGCCCGCAUUGGAUGGCCCCCGGUGCUUCGAGUUUGGCGGUCGCGUUGCUUGGGGGGGGGGAGUCUAGGAUCCUUGCGGUCAAGUGAGAACACGUGGGAAGUAGUAUUCUCUAAGCAGGAAGGGAGUGCAUCGCACUAUUGCUGAAGUCAACACUGGCAAAAAAAGUGACGGCACACCACGAGCAUGAAUUAACGUUGGCUAUCUCCAGCUGCUCUUGCAUUGUUUUCAUCCAAGGCCUGGCUAGUGAUCUACUGUGAACCAUUGUGUGCCAGAUUUGCAUCACUGGGGUGCAGCAAUACAACCAAGGCGCUGGCAGCCGUUGUGGGAGUUCUUGUUGGUUGGUGCGUCAUGUCCUUUCGGAAGGGACUCAGUCGGAGCAGCACGUACGACAACAGCAGCAGCGACACUGAGGACGCUUCCCCAGAGGACCGUGCGCAGACGAGACGUGACUCCGACAGCUUCUCCGGCAGCGGUGGUGCCAAGCUCAAGCCGUGCCUGGUGAGCAAGCUGGACGACGAGGACGGAAGGCGGGAGAGUGCAGCAGCUCGAAUCAAGUCUCGACGCGGCCAGCUGCUGUGCAGUAGCCAAUCGGCCAGCGUGGGCCACGGGGGCAGCUCUUCGGGCAGCGGUUCCAGCUCGACCGAGAGCAGCGGCGUGCCCUGCCUCGGGGCCUCGACCUCGGGCGGCGUGAUGGCGACGAGCGGCCACGGCGACUGCCUGCCGGCGGCCACCGCAUCCAUGUCGGCACUCUCACUGGCCACAGGCUCGGACGAGCGUGUCACCCUCAUCGUGGACAACACGCGGUUCGUCGUCGACCCCGCACUGUUCGCGCUGCAGCCGGACACCAUGCUUGGACGCAUGUUUGGCUCAUCACUCGAGAACAACAUCACCAGGCCCAAUGAGCGGGGAGAGUAUGAGGUGGCUGAAGGCUUGUCUGCAACAGUCUUCAGAGCCAUACUGGACUACUACAAGACUGGCGUCAUUUACUGCCCUCCAAGUGUUACGGUGCCUGAACUGCGAGAAGCGUGCGACUAUCUUCUCAUCCCGUUUGAUGCCCAAACUGUCAAGUGCCACAACCUCAGAGGCCUUCUUCAUGAGCUCUCCAAUGAGGGAGCUCGUCAGCAGUUUGAGAAGUUCCUUGAAGAUCUAAUUGUCUGCAGAAUGGUGAAUGCUGCUCAGAGAGGUGACCGUGAGUGUCACAUAGUGGUUCUCUUGGAUGAUGACACAGUUGACUGGGAUGAAGAGUAUCCACCGCAGACUGGUGAAGAACACUCGCAAAUCAUCCACAGCACAGCCAUGUACCGUUUUUUCAAGUACAUAGAGAAUCGGGACGUUGCCAAGCAGGUGCUCAAGGAGCGCGGCCUUAAAAAAAUUCGGCUCGGCAUUGAAGGCUACCCAACCCACAAGGAGAAAGUGAAGCGUCGGCCGGGCGGGCGGGCCGAGGUGAUCUACAACUACGUGCAGCGUCCCUUCCUGCGCAUGUCCUGGGAGAAGGAAGAGGCCAAGAGCCGGCACGUCGACUUCCAGUGUGUCAAGAGCAAGUCUGUCACGAAUCUUGCCUCCGCUACUGAUGGGUCUCCUCCGGUUGCCAACUCCGCGGCGAUACACCAGGCAGCAAUCGCUGCUGGAGUUGUGGGCGGUGGUGCGGUCGGCGGCAUAGCUGCAAAUGCACCCGUCGUCGUUCACGUGCUUCAGCAGGAGCUCGGCGCUGUCGGAGGAGCCGAGGAGCCGCUCGCUCAGCCGCAGGAAGAAGUGGUGCUGCUGCCCAAGGAGUCUUAUCCAACGGUGCUCUUUCCACCAGACGACCUGCCAUAGUGCUGCCACGUGCCCGUUUCCCCGCCGCCGGGAAGAACAUUGCAUUUGUGGAGCAGUGUUGCACCUCGGGUUUUUCAGUGCCAGGACACGGUUUUCGUGCAUGCGUGAAACAGCACAAAUGCAGAUGCCUAACCAUCUGGUGGACUCGGCAAGGCACUGCGCUGCAGCACUUUGUCUGAUUCGCUUAUUUUUUUACCGCCAGAUAGGAUGUGAGUGCUGAGCCAGAAUGUUCAAUGCUGUUGGCUGCUGCUUCUGUUUCAUUUUCUUGUCUCGGGCAACUUGCACAGUUGAGUGUUGCAGUCAGGAAGGCCUUAUGCAAACAUGAAAAAGCCAUGUAGUGUAUCUUGGGCUGAAGCUUUACGCAAGCAUAAUAUUGCGAUACGGAUCAUCUGAUGACUAAGGGCCCAUUGCCUGGCUGUUGGAGUGAAAAGGUCUUCGGUUGCACACUCCCAGAAGUGACUGGCAUGUAAAGGCUUACUUCUGUGCUUUUUUCAUCAUAUCUUGUAUUACCAUCCCAAAGUUGUGCAAGCAGCAGUGAGGAGUUAUGUGUAAACUGGAGUGGGGCCUUGUGGAACAUCUCAACGUAGCUGCGGCAGGCACCUUUCGCAUUGGCUUCCUUUGUUCCAAGUUGUCAUGAUUUAACCCUAAACUUUUGGACAUAAGGUGAAACGCAAGUUGCAUAAGCAAUUCUUUGAAGCUUCAGUUGUCCUUUCUUGCAUGCAUGCAUUUUUUCUUGAAGCGUGCCGCAACCUCGGUAAGGUGCAAUGUCUCGAAGAAGUGACAGCUCUGGCUGUGGACUGACUUCUGCAGUGAAUUUCAGGUCGGCUAAAGUGUACGACCCCAGUUCCAGUUUUUCACUCCAAAAUUUUUUUACUUGAGCAGCGGCGCUUUGCCUCUUGAAGUGCUUUGCAUGGCUACUACGCACUGUUGGCUUAUUUUCCUCGUUCCUGGCAACAACCGAGAAGAAAGCAGCACAUUGUCGAGGAAGUUACAGCUGUGCCUCUGAGCGGACUUAAAAACUCAUGUGUUCAUCCCAACGUGCCUCUCUGUUCAUUGUAACACAAAGAUUGAACCCCAAGGGUGACAUGUGGUGUAGUUACUUUGUGCACUGGAAAACUUGUCAACAGAAUGGGGAAGAGUUCUUUUCCGUCCCAAGCACGGGCACAUACUUUUGCCAGCCUAAGUUGGUAUUUAAUAAAAACAGUUGGUGCGCCAAGUGGUGUACCAACUGGCCUACUGCUGCGGCCAACAAAAAGCAGUUUCAAAAUUACUUUUACAGCCACGAAAAAAGUGAGAAGACAAAUGUAAGUGGUUUCUCAGCAGAACAUAAUGACAACCUUAAAUAAUUUGGUCUUGAAAAAAUAUUGCGAGUUUUGAAAAAUUUUUUUCCUUGCUUCUGGCUUUUCGACAUAUGCCAAGUUUGAUUAUUUGCAUUAAGCACACAAAAAUCCUGCAUUAUCUAGUUCUUUCUAGAUGUUUCUCUUUUGGCACAGUUGUGAGUGAUCUUAAUUGUAUGGUCAAUAAAGUAAGGAAAGUUUUUCUGUGGCAUUUGCCAAAUAGCAAUUUACUGUUGUUUAAUGUUAGUCAAACCUCGUUUCAGUGAAGUUACGUCAUGCGCAAGAAUACCUUCGUUAUAUCGAGUUUAUACUGUGUAAUAAACGAAUUGUUGUUCCAGAAUUAUUCUUUUACAUGCUACGUAGGAGAAAAUGAACCCUGAACAUGUACUUGAUGCUGUGCGUGCUAGAUGUCCUUUUCACAGCUUCACUGUGGUUCGAGGUAUGCUUCUGCACUUAAGGACAUGCACAGAGAUGACGAGGAACUUUACCUGUUCCCUUGUUUCAGGUAACAUGGUUUUUCUCGCCUGUUAAUACGUAGCUGCUGUUGCGAGAUGGUUCAGGCUGUUGGAGCUGCUAGUGUACUGUGAGAGAGAGAGAGGAAUGUACUGUGAGGAAUGUUGUAGCUGUUUUCUGGUGUAGAAACUAUUAUGCAGGCUUGGGCAAAAUCUGUUUUCGAGGAGCAAAAUUUCAUUUCAUUUAGCUCGAUAUUGCUAGUGUCAUAAAGGUCAUGUCCGUAGGAAUGUUGCCGAAGUUCAACAAGCAAAUUUAAGUAUUUGCAACAUUCUUGCAAGCAUGGUUUGUUCAUGCAUCGUUAUUAAUGUAAUGAAACCAGUGCGUGCGCAGUGUAUCGCUCGAAAUUUGUGUAAAAAGCACGAGAUGUGAUUCGAAAGCAGCGAAAGAUGUUCAUGUGUGUAAUAGAAUAAGUCCCACAGUAGCAUUUGCAAUUUGUGUCCUUAACCCUGGAUCACUCGUCCAAACUUCAAGCUUUCUUAGAAAUGUAUUUUCUGCAAAUAGCGCUUUCUAAAAAACAUUGUAUUAUGAUGUAGAAAGCUAUUUGGGCAGAGGGGUGCACUGGUACAAAAUAAAUGUAGGGCACUUGAGCUGUUUUCUUGGCGGCACCACAGCAGCCGCUAGGCCUCUGCAUUCACGUUUCAUUUGCUUUCCUCUUUGCCCCCCCCUUUAAGCUUCACUGUAAGAGUUCAAACUAAGCUAAAUUUUUCCAUUGAGUGAGGUGAGUGGCAUGUCAGUGACCUGCAUGAACAUUUCCAGAGUGUUUCUGAAUUACGAUUGGUUCAAUUUCAGCUGAUUUGUGACAUCACAGAUGUUGCUCUUGAAUUUCUAAGAGCCAAUCAGCAUAAGUACUUUGAAUCGUGGCAGCGAUAGCUAUCGUUUUCCUCCCGUAGUCGUGUCAGUGCAUAGCAUGUCAAUUUAUUGGCAAACCUAAUCUUCCAAAUAAAAAGUAGUUAUUUCAUUACCUAAGCCUAAUGGGGCUUUGUGGACUUUUAGCUGAAAGUUUCUUCUGCAGUUAUCAGCCUUGCUGGUUUAAAAGCCUUACCAGACUCAAAUGCGAGAUACCAUUGCACAUCAAUUGAAGUGCUUACAAGUUGAAGUAGGCUUAGUUAAGCCUAACCAUUCAGCCUCCCUGAUUUUUUUUUACUUACAAGUUAUUGUAGUCCAUCGUAAAGCUUCUCCAGCAAAUGGGACCUGGAACUGGAUUUCAAGAUAUAUUUUGGUCACUCCAUUGUGCUUGCAGAAUUAUGCUCUACAACCUAGUUUACAGAAUGGCCAGCCUAGCUGGAAGUGUAGACAUGAUCAUGUCUUUUUUUAGUGUUGUUAAAAAUGCUGUCUUAUGUAACUGUGUCUUUUCAGACAAAUUUUACAUUAUUUUCAUAAAGACCCUUUGUGGGGUAUUUCACAAGUGUCAGAACAAGAAAUGAAAAAAAAGGCAUUAGUAAUAUUACGUUGUAGCCACACCUUUGCUGACUGAACUCUAUUGGGCAUUGCAAAUGCUUAGCACCCUUUAGACAAUGUCAAUUUGUUCAUGCCUUUUGCUUUCUUUCGUCAUAGAUUGUAGGAACUACAUGUGACAUGCAUUGGAGUGUCACUUGUUUGUUUUUAAUAACUAAGCUGCUAUGUUACUUGCACUCUACGGGACUAAGUUGUUUGGAAAUUUUAGUACUUUCUUCAGAUAGUUCUUCUCAGACAGCUAGUUACCUGUCUCUGCUUCCUCUGUUUCGUAUUCAUUUGUUCCCUUUGUUUCUAUUUGGUAGAUAUAUUUUCUCUUUGGCGUGGUUGUUUGAUCAAAGGAUUAGUAACUCUUUAUGACUUAACUAAAGUCUACAUAACUCUGUUUUCUUUUUCCUUGUUAAAACCACCUAGUCACGAGAACGACUAAGCUUCGCGUGUAGAAACAACUCAAGACUAGGGUAUUACCAACACUUAAUAGUACAACCAAUGAUUUGACAUUGAAUUAUUUGUCACAUGGCUUCAAUGUUAUCUACACUACAUGAAUACUUUGUUCUUCACAGAUCAUGCUGCAACAGGGUGUGUCAGAUGCUGCUGCUGAAACUUUAAACAGAACCUCGGGUAGGCUAAUUUGUAACGCCUAGUUACAGCAUAUGCCAAGAGAGAAUGACCACAAGUUGAGAUGCACGAAACAUAGCAUGGUCCUGAUUGGCCGAUCAUUGUUUCACAUGCAGGAGGUAACGGGGCUCACAGCUGUUACUCUUGCAGCCCGAUUCCUCAGUGCGUAGGAAGGUUUCCUUUAAACACUGCAGUAUAUGACUCCAGCACUGCUGAUGUCUACAUUGCACACUACCGGAAGUAGGGCUUUCUUUUUUUUUUUUUUUUUGAUGCAUAACAAAAUGUUCCAUAACACCUGAGAACAAGGUUGUGCCUGAUCUGGUUAGGUGGUUUGGAAGUGGUGUAGAUGCAUUUUCUAUAAGCUGCACGCUGUUUGGAGUUAAAAAAAAAAAAACAGCCUGUAUUGGUUACUGGUCACACACCUGAGCUUCAGAAUGCUAAGAAUAUGUGUAGGUUCCUUGCGCAAAUUUGUACGCGGCCAGUGAAGCCUUUACAGUUUUUUCGAAAAGGGAAAUAUUUUGUGUGCUUCAUGCAUCGUAAUGUCUAAUGAGUACAAGUGUGUGCAACAGUCUAUGUAGCACCAGUAAUAAGUGGUGUGAGGAGUGUUUGAUAUGGAUUUUGUAGUCUGCUCCAAACAGCUGCACCAUUCAGCCACUGCCCAGCAGCUCGCAACAUCCCGCAUUUUGUGCUGUUUAACCACACCUGGAGUCGAGGGUGGUGCCCUGUGAGAGUGCAUUAUGCUGUGUGCAUGAAAACAAAGAAGAAAAAUGUAUAUAAAAAUGUCGUUUGGCUUGCUGUGCACUGAGGCUAACACAUGGCACUCAUCUGUCUUUCUUUUUCUUUGGCAAGGUUGCGGCCCUGCCUUUUGUGUCGGUAAUGUUCACAGUGGUGUAUUCUAGCGUGAAAAUAUUGUUGCAUUUUAUACAGUGUUGAAAAUAACACGGACUGUGUCAUCAUGAGUGUUACUUGUGUGCGAAAGUGUUUCAUGCGUGACUCGCUUCCUUUUGUACAGAAACGAACGGUUUUACUAAUAUAUAUCUACACGUACGUCAA